GUUAAGUGUAAGUGGAGAUUUUGUUUGGAGGUUAUAUUGUGGUCUAAUGGAAAUAAUUGAAUAAAAAUAAAUGAAAUGGCGUUAAAUAGAUUAUUUGCUAGUUUGGCCAUCACUCCUAAUUUAAUUUCAAGGAGGGCCAUACAUGUAGCUGCGGUAAACUUUGCCAGUCAACCAGAUAUUGACAAACCUAAACCUGGUUUGGGCAAGAGUUACAGGCGAAUUGUGCAUUUUCCUGAACAAUACACUGUUAAACCACUUGAAGUUACAAACCUAGCUGGUAGAGACCCAGUAUCUGGUCGGGUUAUUGCAAAGGGUAUUGGAGGUGGUAUCAAACAUAAGUAUCACUGGAUUGACUGGCUCAGAGAUGGACCUAAAGAAGGACCUCCACAGGAAGAGAAAGUGGUUCAGAUAAUGGAAGAUGGUUGCAGAACAGCGCACAUAGCUUUAGUAGCUGUUGGUGACAAACUCAAAUAUAUUCUAGCCACAGAGAAUAUGAAGGCAGGUGAUAUUAUCAAGACUUCUCGGGAACUGCCUAGAAAUCCAGUGAGAGCAAAUGAAGGAGAUGCCUAUGUUUUAGGAGCAUUGCCAAAUGGAACUAUUGUUCAUAAUAUUGAAAAAGUACCUGGUGAAGGUGCCCUUUACAUACAUGCUGCCGGUACAUUUGGCACCAUUCUGAGGAGACAAGAUGACCGCAUCAUUGUACAAAUGCCUUCAAAGAGACUGUUCAGUUUUGACCCACAUUGUAUGGCAGUUGUUGGCCGUCUCUCAAACGUGGACCACGGAGACACACCUAUCGGUUCUCCUCAACGCAACAGGUGGCUCGGUAACAGACCUCGCUCCGGUCUAUGGCAGAGGAAAACUGGUCGCCACGGAAGAAAGAUUAAACCUCCAAAGCCCGUCAAAGAAAUCUGUGCCCCAGGGAAAAAGGCCUUACCAACUAUCAACUUGUCUAUGCACCCUUAAAAUAAUUUCAUAGAAAUAAAUGUAAUUUAGAUGUUUACAAAA